GCCAUUUCUCUUAUAGCUCAGAAAUGAAUUCAUACACUCGUUCCAAUAUGCUCUCACCGUUGUCACGUUGAAUCGAUAUCGGCACCAGUCAAUUCCAAAACAGGAAGUGGAACUAGAUAUCCAGAGAUCACGCAAAAGCUGAGCUGAUGCACUCCACAACGCUAAAAAAGGAUGCCCUACGUAAUAGAAGCGUCCACGAUAUGUGUAAUGAGAGAGUAGGGGCCGUGUGCAUUGAAAGAGCAAGCUGCGUUUGAAGUGAGAGAGCGAGCUCCGAUUGUAAUGAGAAAGCAGGCUCCGUUUGCAAUGGGAACAGGCUCCACUUGGAGUGAAGGAGCACUCUCAGUCUCGCUGUGCUUUUAAACCCGUUCUUCACUCCAUUGCUUCUAAACUACCAGAUCCUUCACUCCAAUACUUCCACACCAAUAUCUCCAGCUCAAUCGCCAUGUCCGGCAGCGAAGUCACCCACCAGCUGAAGAACGGCAUGAUCUACGUCCUUCUGAACCUGCGCGGCGCCCUCCCCGGCUUUCACUGGUCCCUCUUCGUCCCCACCAGCAAGCCGCUGGGCCAAGUGUGGCACGCCACUAACCGGUCCGGCGGCUGGUGGAUGGAGACCAAGUCCACCAGCAAGAUCCCCGGCUCUGUCAGCCUGUGCGUCGCGCUCGAGUUGGCUCCCUGCGCGCCUCAGGACUGGGACAAGCUGUGCACCACUCUGGGUAGUGUUGCUUGCGGCGAGGCGAACUCGGGUGAGCCGUUCAACUGCGUCAUGUGGGUCAAGGACGCUAUCAUUGCGCUCCACGACGCCGGUGUGAUUCGGCUGAAGAACGGUGUCGAGACCAUCAAGGACAUUGGCGAGAUGGCGGUCGAGGAGGGUGAGGAACACCGUGAUCCUAUCGAGCAGGGCACUGGUGGCGCGAAAGUCAUCGCGGACACGGGAUUUACGGUUUGA